AUGGAUGGGAUGUCAAUGUCAACGGCAACGCCGACGCCAACAGAAAUCAUGGCCACAUCCGCGAUGCAGUCAACGCUCAGCUCAAUGGAGCCAACUUCUAGCGCAGGUAUGGGAGGCAUGAGCUCGAUGGGAAGCGCGGGCGGGACAGACAGCAGCUGUAAAGUUUCGAUGCUCUGGAACUGGGAAACCAUCGACGCGUGCUUCCUCUCGGAGUCGUGGCAGAUCAAAUCUCGAGGCGCCUUCGCGGGUCUCUGCAUCGGCAUCGUGUUUCUCGUCAUCCUCCUCGAAUUCCUACGCCGCGCCGCCAAGGUCUACGACCGAUACCUACUUCGCCAGCACAUGAGGAAGACGAGCGCCCUCGCCGCUACGGUCGUCAACGGCUCUUCGGAGACGGCUCACGGCGCUCUCAUCGCGAAGGAAAACGCGGCGACGACCCUCGCUUCCGCUGUUCCGUUUCGGCCUAACGUCUUCCAGCAGGCGGUUCGUGCCUUGUUUCACACAUUGCACUUUGCUCUCGCUUACUGGAUCAUGCUUCUUGCCAUGUAUUAUAACGGGUAUAUUAUCGUUUGUAUUAUGAUCGGCGCUUUCAUCGGGUUCUUCGCACUUCAAUGGGAGAGCAUUGGUCCUCUAAGCGGUAUCGAAGGUGAAUACGGCAUUGGGAGAGACGGUACCGGUUGCCACGGAUGAGUUGUAGAAUCGGCACCGAGACAGCUUUGUAAAAUAUCAGGCGUAUAGGUUUUGACGGGACGAUCUAAGCUCGAGAUACGAGGGGAACAUACCCGCACCCUUGGAACUUAAUUAAUUGGUUAUCGAUGACACAUGCCUUUCUCGUAAAUAUGUGGUUAUGGAUCGAAGACGCUAGAGCGGCGACUUUAUGAGGGAUAAGCCAACGUAGAAUAACGGAUAUCAUUCAGUCGAAUAAUAACUCACUAAAUUAAUUACAAAGCCCGAAAGCAUUGAAAUUUGUUGAUUAGCGUAAAGUCAUCUGUCUUCGUUCCCUAAUCCAUCCGUGCAUUUUUCAACGCCCUGAACGUGAUUCACAAUUAGAUUACAGAUUCCCAAUGACCUGAUGCCUCGACAACCAGUGAACUAACCGCUCGAAUCGAGCGGCUCGAUCGCCUCGCACAUUAAUCGAUCGAGGCGGCUA